AUGAACGAGCCCUACAGCCCCGCGGCGCCCAGCAGCCCCUCACCCGGCACCAUGAAAAUGCUCGUGGGCUUCCUCGCCGCCUUCGUCGUGGCGCAGACCAUCGGCACCACGCUCUUCUGCCUCUAUCUGCACAUGAAGAUGGACAAGAUGGAGGAGACGCUGAGCCUAAACGAAGAUUACGUCUUCCUGCGCAGAGUGCAGAAGUGCCAGACGGCGGAGGGGCACAGGUCCACCUUGCUGGACUGCGAUAAGAUUCUAAGCAGCUUCCAGGAUCUCCAGUGCAAGGACGGGGGAGGCAGCAAGCAGCAGCCCAAGUUUGAGAAGCAGACAGGCCACGAGCAUUCCCACUCCAAGGGCAAGAACGAGACGGCGGCGGCAGCGGAGAGGAGGCAGCCGAUUGCAGCCCACCUGGCCGGGGUCAUGAACAGCAGGGCAGUCUCAGUGCUAGAGUGGAGGAAAACAGGCUACGCGCCCACGAGCAGCCUCAUCUCCUACCACGAGGGCAAGCUGAAGGUGGAGAGAGCGGGGCUCUACUACAUCUACGCCCAAGUCAGCUUCUGCACCAAGGCCACGACUUCGGCCCCCUUCACCCUCUAUAUUUAUUUGUACCUCCCCAAGGAGGACGACCGGCUCCUCUUGAAGGGCCUGGACACGCACAGCACGUCGCAGGCCUUCUGCGACCUGCAGUCCGUCCGCGGCGGCGGCGUGUUCGAACUGCGCGAGGGCGACAUGGUCUUCGUCAACGUGACAGACUCAACGCGAGUCAACUACAGCCACGGCAGCACCUACUUCGGCAUCUUCAAGCUGUAG